GCAAACUUCGUCGAGGACUUGUUGAUCUCGAGAACAGCCAGAAAUCCUCCCUUGUCGUCCUACCGCCGGCCAACUUAAAUCUGAGCAAACACUAAAAAUCUAGAGUUCACGUUAAACACCUGCUAGAAAAGCGAAAAUGCACACGUGCGUUGCACUGGCCGUCGUCGCCCUGGCGAGCUCGAUGCACCUCGGAGUCGAAGCAUGGGGCGGUCUCUUUAAUCGUUUCAGUCCCGAAAUGCUGUCGAAUUUCGGUUACGGUGGCCACGGCGAUUACAUGAGCAGGACAGGACUGUACCAGCGGCCGUUAUCUGCUGGCUACGGAAACGCUUACGGUGAUUCCUUGGAAGAGGACCCCUUUGUGCCCUGCGAGGAAAGGCGGUGCACGAACAACGAGCACUGUUGCCCGGGUUCUAUUUGCAUCAACGUCGACGCAGAGGAGGGUCAUUGCGUGUUCCAACUUGGUCAGAAACAGGGUGAACUGUGCAGAAGGGACAACGACUGCGAAACUGGCUUAAUGUGUGCAGAGAUACCCGGCAGCGAAACUCGAUCGUGCCAACCACCGGUGACUUCCAACAAACUAUACAACGAGGAAUGCCACAUGUCUGCAGAAUGUGACAUCAGCCGUGGUUUGUGCUGUCAGCUACAAAGACGUCACCGGCAAACGCCCAGAAAGGUUUGCUCGUACUUCAAGGAUCCACUGGUGUGCAUUGGACCGGUAGCAACGGAUCAGAUCAAGUCCGUGGUACAGUACACUUCCGGUGAGAAGCGGAUCACCGGACAAGGGAACCGAAUCUUUAAACGGGUCCCCUUCGCCUAAAUGAUCUAUCGUUCCUUAAUUAACCGAUGAGAAUGCAAGGAGUGUCUACUUGAAUCAAAUCUACCUUAUAUAACUAUGCAGAAAAGCCUAGGAUAUAAGUCUGUCAAUUCGAAAUUCUCUCGAUUCGUUCGAUGUUCUCGAUCCGCCCUCGCGACGACCGGACCGGAAAGAACGAGAACGCGCCCUCCAAUCGUUUCUUUCUCAACAUUAUGACUGAGAAACGCGAUACAUAUCAGAACAGCCCGUCUCAUAGAAUCGUAAGACAAAAUACAUAUCAACGAGAAGAUUCAUGGAGGCGCGUUUUCAAAAGUUGUUCCAAUUGUCGUCGAAACAACAUCCAGGGUGUUUAAAAGUUUCGUUCCUUUAUCAAUUCUCUUAACACCCUUUUUUUGUAUCGUACGAAAGGACUAGAAUUUGCAUUGGAAUCGAAUAGAAAAGGAAUGAAUGAUUAUAGCGAUAGAAACGUCGAAGAAAAUAAUUAUAAACGAUAACGAUUGAAUAAAAAUUUUUGUUAAAGGAAAUCUCUUUGCGUUCGAAACAAUGACUGAAAGAUAGAAAUGCUCUUUUCUUGCGAUAGAAUUUAUUUAGUUAUGAUCGUUGGACCGACGAUCUCGAGAGAUCCUCGAAUCGAGUUUCCUGAAUUUAUUCGUAAGGUGUCUCCUCGAAUUACUUAAACGCACACACAGAGGAAAACUAUAUAUAUACAUAUAUAUUUUCAUUUCUCCUGAUUCUCGAGAAGAAAUCAGACCAAUACUUCGUAUGUCAGUGGUAAUGGAAAUACUUUUCGCGGGGAAGAGUCGAACACGGUAAUGCGACACGACGAUUACGAUAUUAAAGUUCUAAAAUCUGAUCGGAAAUCGCGCCGUAGACGUUUCCGUAGAACACACGAUACCGAAACUUUGAAAAGAAGGAACACUUCGUCGGUGUUUGCAAAAACGUAAUUACUUAACGCGUUAUUACAUUGUUAAGUCGUGUAGCGGAAUCCGAGCACAACUGUAUUUUAAUCGAUGCGUGUUCAGGAGCAAAAUCCGAUAACGUACAUAUCAAGUCAGCAUUGCUUCGCGUAGCGUAUAUUCCAAAAUUCUUAGAGGUAUACGUAGAACAUUUAGUACGAUGAAUUAUUUAAGUGUGGAAACUGCUCGAUUAAACAUUUAUCGUGGAAAUCGCUCUAUUAAGGAUUAAAUCGCGGGAAUCGCUCUAUUGAAUAUUGAAACCUCGGAGGUUGCUUCGUUAAAUGUUAUUAAAGUCGUAGCGUUACAUAUAACAUAAUUAAAGGAGUACACGCACACGCAUAUAUAUAUACAUAUAUGUGAGAAUCGUUACUUUAAAUAUAUCUAUAUCUCUACUAAAGAAGAAAUCAAUAUCGUUGGGAUUCGCAGAUGUUAAUUAUAAUUGUGGUUUUAAAAAAAAGAAUAUAUUAUAUACAUACGCGACGAAGGAACCAGCUGCAUUCACGAUCGUAGUCGUGGCAUUAAAGAACGUGAACGAAGCAAAUGUUACAAUUGUAAUAAUACCGAAACCGCAGUGUUUAGUUUAGACACUGUCGCGAGACAUUUUCUGAUGCGUCAAGUACCUGUUGCGAAAUCCGGACUACCCCUCGUUUCUAAGCCACUGAUGCUAGGCAAUCGAGAGUCCAAACUACAAAUAAAAACAAAAAUGGAACGUAUUUCUAGUUACACGGGAAUAUUAUACUUCCAACGUUGACCUUUAUAGUAUAAGGAAACUCUAAACAUAUCAUGUGAAUGCCUAAUCCAUUAAGAGAGUUUGUGAAUGCUAUUAUACGAGAUAUAUCUUAUUGAAA